CAUUCACCUCCUGAACUGGAAGAAGAGCCCGCUCUAGGAAAAUAAAUAAGAUAGGGGUAUAUCUGUUGGUUUAAAUCUUGCGGUGUUAAAGUUACUUGUUUAUAGUCUGUUAAGUAACUCCGGAACCAUGAGUAUCCACCGCGAAUCUGAAGACCUGCCCCCAAAACCGGAACUCGAUUUGCAGUCGCAGCAGGUUGAGAAUGCGACGUCUGUUGAAGAUGCUGAGUUCAAGCGGAAGGAGCGUCGCGUUGUCGCGAAGCUUGAUAUGUACCUCUGUCCCAUGAUCUUGGUGUUACAGCUCAUAUCCUUCCUCGAUCGUGGAAACAUUGGUUUCGCAGCCACUCAGGGGAUGACCACAGAUCUGAAUCUCGUCGGCACACAACUUAAUACGGCCAUCUCGCUCUUCUACCCUCUGUAUAUCCUGUCGGAGUUUCCAGCUGCUUUGAUUGUGAAGCGAGUGGGAUUCAAUCGCAUCAUUCCAGCAGCGGCGACGUGCUGGGGACUGGCAUGUCUGGGGAACGGCUUCGCGAAGAAUUUUGGGGAUCUUGUCGCCUGUCGGAUGUUGAUGGGCAUGUUCGAAGGGUUCUUGAUGCCUGGUCUUACCCUUAUGUUGGCGAAUUGGUACAAGCGAGAGGAGAUUGGUUUGAGAAUUAGCUACCUAUUCGGUGCGUCGAGUAUCUCAAGCGCAUUCGGUGGCUUAAUCGCAUUCGCCAUCUUGUUCAUGGAUGGGAAAGCGGGAUAUGCAGGGUGGAGAUGGUUAUAUAUCAUCGAGGGCUCGGUAACCGUCGUCCUUGCCCUGUUAUUUUUCUACCUCAUCCCAUCGUCUUAUACCACUGCCUAUUUCUUGAACGAGGACGACCGAGCUAUUAUGCGGAAGCGGGCAGAAAUGACUGAAGCAUAUAGCGGAGGGAAAGGACAUUAUACCCGGACAGAGUUCAUGAUGGCCAUCAAGGAUAUCAAAACUUGGAUACAUACAGUGAUCCAGGUCAUGUGCCUUACAAUCUUAUAUGGCUUCAGUGUCUUCCUACCUAUUAUCUUGCGUCUCGGCUUUAACUUCAGCGUCAAGCAGUCCCAGUAUCUUAGCAUACCCGUGUUCUUCUGGGGAACCAUCGUUUACGCCAUCUGUGGGUACCUGUCGGACCGAUUCGCGCGACGAUUCCUCGCCUGCGUCAUCUUCGCCCCGCUCGGAAUGAUCGGUUACUCGAUAUUACUCGGAGGCGAACACCUUGCUGUUGGAGUGAAGUACUUCGCGUGUUUCCUGAUUGCGACGUGUGCGUGGGCAAUGGGUGGGGCAAAUAUUAGUUGGCUCUCAACCAAUACGGCGCCCGACGGCAAACGAGCCGCGUCUCUAGGGCUCGCAUUCUCGAUAGGUAACCUUGGUGGAAUAAUUUCGGGCCAGAUCUAUCCGGAUAAACUAUCGCCAGCGUAUACUCUUGGGCAUGCAUGGAGUCUUGGCGCGAUAUGUAUUUCGUUCUGUCUGUGGUGGGUACUUCGUUAUAUCUACUACAGCCGUGAGUCGCUUAAGGAGAAUGAUCGGAAUAGGGGUACCCUAGAAACGGCUGAGUUCUCCGAUAGAGUGCUGGCGUAUAAGUAUCAGCAUUGAUCCGCUUGUUGGGAAUAUGAGUUGUAUUUGGGCAGAAUUUUGUUAUUGGGGUAAGCUGGUAGACGAAGUCAGAACACUAGAGCUGAACAAAUAUCGUUAUAUUCUUCAAUAACACAGCUUCCUGCAGGAGGCUUCUACUUGAAGCUAGCGUCUCUCAACUCGAAAUACUUGUUCCAUUCAGGGUCCUCAAUCAGAUCCUUAGCAAUCUCUUUCUCGAAGCCAAUUUCCAAUUCAUUGCCUUCGUCUUCGCCCGCUGGAGGGUCGAUUAGUCGUACUGGGUAA